UUUCAUGAAUUUGGAUGAUCCCAAUCAAGUACCCAUUGAAUCUCUUGGAAAGUCAUUUCUGUGUGCUUCACCUCUCCCUCUCUCACACUCCCAUUAUUUAACCACUAUUUUCCCUGACUUCUCCUCUAGCUUCAUUCUCAUAUCAAACUACAACAUAUAUAGCUGCCCAAAAAGAAAGCAGGAAAUAGAAUUAUUUCUUCUUCCUCCUCCUUCUCCUCCUCCUCUUCUUCUAUUUUUCUUUAGCUUUUUGCUUCAUUUUCUAAAGAAGAGCAACCAAAAAAAAAGUGAGAAAGAUAUUGAAUAAACAUGUCUUGUCAAUAUUACUUAACCACGACGACCUCUUCUCUCAGAAUAUUCUCCUUCACCCCCCGCCGUUACGCACCGAAUUCUUCUGCAAGUCAACCUCAUGAGUUCUUUAAAACCAACGGGUGUUCUACAGAACAAGUACUUUUCAGUUCCAAUCUGCAAUGCAAUGCGGUUUCAAGACCUCGCGCACAAGAAUACAAAGAGGUGUUUAAAAAUGGUUUGGCAGUUAUCAAGCGGGACGACAACGUGGAAGAAGUAGACAGUGCAGAAGAACAACAAGAAGAAGAAGAAACACAAGAGGUGUACAGAUCAAAUAAGAUAAAGCAACAUAUUUAUGCCGUCCGGUUAAUGUUGCAAAGUAUGGAUGAUGGAGAGAUAAGUAUAUCAGCUUAUGACACAGCUUGGGUUGCUCUUGUGAAAGACAUUAAUGGAAGCGAUACUCCUCAAUUCCCUUCAAGUCUUGAAUGGAUUGCCAACAAUCAACUUGCUGAAUGUUCGUGGGGUGACAAGUCCAUCUUUUUGGCUCACGAUCGAAUCAUCAACACAUUGGCCUGUGUUAUUGCUUUGAAAUCUUGGAAUUUGCACAUUGACAAAAGAGAACUAGGAAUGUCGUUUAUCAGAGAGAAUUUAAGCAAGAUUGGAGAUGAAAAUGCUGUGCAUAUGCCAAUAGGAUUUGAAGUGGCGUUUCCUUCACUAAUUGAGAUUGGAAAAAAGAUAGGCAUUGAUAUUCCGGAUGAUUCUCAUGUCUUGAGAGAGAUAUAUACCUGAAGAAAUCUAAAACUUACAAGGUAUACAUAUAUAUAUAUAUAUAGUCAAGCAUAUCUUAAAUCUGCUACUCUUGAGCAGGAAAAUUUAUUUAUGUUUGUGUCACGAUCCGGAUUUCCUA